AUAUUGUUAGACCGCCCCUAUCAUAUGCUGACAAAGAAAUACUUGUAAUGUUAUAGCAAAACAGCACUGGUGCAUGCACAAACGUGUACUAAGGCAGCCAACUUUAACGAAAUAUGUGUACUAUUAUUAUUAUGUACACGCGAUCAGCCGAAGUCACUGGCAGUAAAGGAUAUCUAUCACGUGUGUAAUCUAGCUUCUGUAUAGCGAAUGGCUUGUUAACGGAGUGCAGGUAUACGGGACAAAGAUGUCGGACAUUGUCAAUCAGUGUUUGAAGACCAGAUUUCUGAACAGUACAUCAAAGAUCUAUGGGGGUUUAUGCAAAAAUCGUAAGACUGUCAUCCCAUUAAGGCGAAAAGAUGAGGAUAAAGAAAACAUUUUCAAAAUUAUAGUACAAUCUGACUGUUAUGUGCUGAAAACUUUACAUAAUCAGUCAGCGAUUGCACAGAACAAAGAAAAUGGCUUGUAUUAUCCUGGUGUUGUCAAGAGUUGCUGUACUAACGACCACGUUACUGUACAAUUUACAGCAACUGGUACAGAACAUGUUAUACCAACAUGUUUUGUCAUUCCCAUCAGUGGUGCUAUAGCUGUCCCAACUCUUAAGGUGAGAGACUGUGUUUUGGAGCGAGUGUUCAGCCUUGCUUUAGAGAUGGACUGUUACGUUCCAGGCAUCGUUGAAUACAUUUCCUGUCCUACACAGCACCCAACAGUGUAUACCGUUAUUUUGUACAACAAACAAAAGGUAUUAACAACAAGAAUAAAUCUGGUCAAGAUAAGUCCGAUAACAUACAACUUCACUGUGAAACACAUUCGGCUACAUCAGAGUGGCAGUGAUGUUAGUUACAGGUCUCCGAAUUCCAAAGCUCUAAAUGAAGAUGAUGAUGUGUCAAAAAAGGAUCCUGCUAGCAUUUCUCGUAGACCUGUUAUUGAAGACAAAGUGGUUAAAGAAAAACGAGUCACUAAAUCACCCCGGUUGAAACUGCGAAAUUUGCUACCCAAAGUGAAAGUAAAAACAGAGGUAUUAGCCAAAUGGCCAGAUGAUUGCUGGUACUACAAAGGAACUAUUCUAAGCUGUGACAACUAUUUGUAUCAAGUUGAAGACAGUAUGGGAGAUGUUGAACAGAUCUGGCGAGAGAACAUUAUCACAUAUGAAGAUGAUGGUAAAAACAUUAUUCAGGUCAAUGAUUAUGUUGUGGCAGCUUACCCCGCUUAUUGCUUGAGCUAUGCGCCUGGUCAGGUGGUUAGAGAUUUGCCAGACAAGAGCAUGGAAGUCCGUUUCUAUGACUUCGAAGAAGGCACAGUGUCCAAAGACCAAGUGUUCAAACUGAGCCAGCAUAAGUACAGAUACGAUGUCGAGGACAUACAUCGAUGUGAAAACCGAUGGGUUGGUACAGCAGCUGUUGUACGAAAUGAUGUGACGGGGGUUUAUGUGUUAGCUAACGUCAAGGAAAAAGACCGUGUAGGCCAAAACUACACUAUCGAGUGGCCCGAUUGUUCUCAUUCUCCAGAAACCCAAAAUCCAAUACACAUUUUUGGUGCAUUCACCCAACAUCCCCCACUGAAGGAAAAUGGGUACGUGCUUGCCAUUGCUAAUGACAAGACAAUGGAAUACCUGCCUGGUCAGGUGACCCACAUCCAUAAAUCGACAGACUCGUUUGAUGUUGCUUUCUGUGAUGGCACAGUGAAGAAGAUUCCACUUGAUAGGAACUUGUACUACUGUCUCAAUAAGACAUAUUAUGAUCAAGCUGUGGCCUACUUUUUGGACAUGAAAAGAUGUGACAGUUUUUUAAUCUAAUUAAAAUUAGUUCCACUAUUACAUGUGGAUCUAAAGACAGCCAGUUGGAGCUCAU